AUGGCUGACGCCGACUACGACCCCGUUGCCGCCGCUGAGCUGAAGAAGCGCAGAGCCUUCCGCAAGUUCUCUUACCGUGGCGUUGAACUCGACGACCUUCUUGAGCUUGGCUCCGACGACCUCCGCACUCUAUUCCAUGCCCGUGCUCGCAGACGUCUCUCUCGCGGUCUUCGCCGCAAGCCCAUGGGCCUUGUUCGAAAGCUCCGUGUCGCCAAGCAGAACGCUGCCCCCAACGAGAAGGCACGUAUUCGCAGCCAAUCCGACAUACCCGCUGAAUGCAAAACCCAUCUCCGCAACAUGAUUGUUGUGCCUGAGCUGAUCGGCUCCGUCGUCGCUGUCUACAACGGCAAGGUCUUCAACAGCAUCGAAAUCCGCCCGGAGAUGGUUGGACACUACCUUGGUGAAUUCUCCAUCUCAUACACACCCGUCAAGCACGGUCGUCCCGGUAUUGGUGCUACACACUCAUCUCGUUUCAUUCCCCUGAAGUAA